AUGGCUACAGAAAUUGUAGAUCGUCUUGAAAACAACUCUGAAAACGUUCCAAGUCAAACCGUUGUGACUUCGAGCAUCGUGAUUCCUUCUACCUCUAUCGUGAGAUCUGGACGUCAAGAUUCUUUGCCAAAACGACGAGCUAGUGGCGAUCUAUCUCGGCAGAGUACAGAGGAAUCCAAACGACCAAGGUUGGACACGAAAGAUGCUGAAGUAAAGAAGCGAGGACAAAGACUCUUUGGCGUAAUUAAUGGUACUUUAACAAAAUUUAAAAAUGAAAGUCAAAAUAAAACAGAGGCUGAGAUCAAACGUGAUCAGAUUGUUCAAAAAACUCAAGAAAAAUUAAAGAAAGAUCAUGAAGAGUUGGUGAAUCAGAUGAAAACGGAGGAACAAGAACGAAGAGAGAGAAUCGCCCGAGAGAAAAGAGAGGCAGAAGAGCGAAGAAAUAGAGAAUUGAAAAGACAAAUAGUAUUGGAAUCAACCUCUUCUAUAUCUCAUGAUAUCAUGGUUACAGGGGAGGUUCGUAACGACAGCAGAGAUGUUGAAAUGACCGAACACAAUGAUAGUGAGAAACACACGGAAGCACUUAAGCAGAAUGAAGUAGAAACUGAUCGACCUGAAGUAAAAAAAGAGAGCAUUAAAAAUGAUGACAGUGCACAAUCAACAUUAGCGACCGAACGUAUGGCUGUUGACGAAGAACGUUCCGCCGUUAUUAAAAUUGAAGAAUCUGUUAUAAAAGAUGAACCUACUGACAGCAAGGACGAUCCCGUGGAAUAUUAA